AUGGGAGUGCCCCAAUUUUUUGCCUGGCUGGCACAGCGGUAUCCAAGUAUCGUGACCGUCCUGCGAGAAACCCGGCCCAACCCGCUGGGGCUGGAGUUUGACAACCUCUACCUGGAUAUGAACGGCAUCAUCCACCCUUGCUGCCACCCAGAAGACCGCCCCAGCCCAAAAUCUGAGGCUGAGAUGAUGCUGGCCAUCUUCACCUACAUUGAUCGCCUCUUCCGCGUUAUUCGCCCGCGCCGCCUCGUCUUCAUGGCGGUCGAUGGCGUUGCUCCCCGCGCCAAAAUGAACCAGCAGCGCGCCCGCCGCUUUCGCGCCGCACAGGAAGGCCGAGAAGCUCGUCAGGAUCUGCAAGCCAGCGGCGAUAAUUUGAGUGCUUUUCGCCAACGCCGCAAGGAGCGAAUGCCCUUUGAUUCCAAUUGCAUCACCCCUGGCACCGAAUUCAUGAGCCGCUUGAGCGCAGCUCUUCAACACUACGUGGUCCUUCGCCUCUCCGAAGACCCCGGUUGGGCAAACCUGCAGGUCAUCUUCUCCGACGCCAGUGUGCCCGGUGAGGGUGAACACAAGAUUCUCGACUUUAUUCGUAAUGCCCGCAAUGGCCCCAACUACGACCCUAACCAACGUCACGUUCUUUACGGUGCGGAUGCGGACCUCAUUCUCCUCGGACUUGCCACCCACGAACCGGCCAUUUACGUCCUGCGCGAA